GCUGGGGUGAGCGCCACCGCAGAGAUGAAGCUGAAGCUGUCGAACUGGUGCUGGCUGAGCUCCGCUGUCCUCGCGGCUUAUGGCUUUUUGGUCGUGGCCAACAAUGAGACGGAGGAAAUUAAAGAUGAAGCAGCCAAGGACGCCUGCCCGGUGAGACUAGAAAGCAGAGGGAAAUGCGAAGAGGUAGGCGGGUGUCCCUACCAGGUGAACCUGCCCCCCUUGACUCUUCAGCUCCCCAAGCAGUUUGGCAGGAUUGAGGAGGUGUUCAAAGAGGUCCAGAACCUCAAGGAAAUUGUGAACAGCCUGAAGAAGACUUGCCAAGACUGCAGACUGCAGGCUGACGACAACCGAGACCCAGGCAGGAAUGGACUGCUGUCACCGGGCACAGGAGCCCCGGGAGAAGCUGAUGACAGCAGAGUUAGAGAAUUGGAGAACGAGGUUAACAAGCUGUCCUCUGACCUGAAGAAUGCCAAGGAAGAGAUCGACGGGCUUCAGGGUCGCCUGGAGAAGCUGAGCCUUGUAAAUAUGAACAACAUAGAAAAUUACGUUGAUAACAAGGUGGCAAACCUAACGUUUGCUGUCAAUAGUUUGGAUGGCAAAUGUUCAUCGCGGUGUCCCAGUCAAGAACAAAUACAGUCACGUCCGGUUCAACAUCUUAUAUAUAAAGAUUGCUCUGAAUACUACACAAUAGGCAAAAGGAGCAGUGAGAUCUACAGAGUUACACCGGAUCCCAAAAACAGUAGCUUUGAAGUUUACUGUGACAUGGAGACCAUGGGGGGAGGCUGGACAGUGCUGCAGGCACGUCUUGAUGGAAGCACCAACUUCACCAGAACAUGGCGAGACUACAAAGUUGGCUUUGGAAACCUCAGAAGAGAAUUUUGGUUGGGGAAUGAUAAAAUUCAUCUUCUGACUAAGAGUAAGGAUAUGAUUCUAAGAAUAGAUCUUGAGGACUUUAAUGGUAUCAAGCUCUAUGCCUUGUAUGAUCACUUUUAUGUGGCCAACGAGUUUCUCAAAUACCGUCUACACAUUGGUAACUAUAACGGCACCGCUGGAGAUGCCUUGCGUUUCAGUAAACAUUACAACCAUGACAUGAAGUAUUUCACCACCCCAGAUAGAGACAACGAUCGAUAUCCCUCUGGGAACUGUGGGCUCUACUACAGCUCGGGUUGGUGGUUUGAUGCUUGUCUUUCUGCAAACUUAAAUGGCAAAUAUUAUAACCAAAAAUACAGAGGUGUUCGAAAUGGGAUUUUCUGGGGCACCUGGCCUGGUAUAAGUGAGGCACAACCUGGUGGCUACAGGUCCUCUUUCAAAGAAGCCAAAAUGAUGAUCAGACCCAAGUACUUUAAGCCAUAAAUCACUAAUGCUUAUUCCUCUGGGUAUUCAUUUCCUAAUAGGGCAAUUAAUUCCUUCAGCACUUUGGAAUGUGUUUCAUACUCCUCUUCAUGGCUUAAAACUUAUCUCUGAGCAAUGGGUUCUUAUGCUAUACAGGAUUUGAAAUAAAGCUGAAAAAUAUGCCUUGUAAAGAAGUCCUUUGUUGCUGUUACACUGUUAUCCAAAUAAACACUUGCAAGCAAGGGGAAUAUUGAGAAUUACACAUUAGAUUUAUAAUUCUCUUACUUUCUUCUAUUUGAAAAGUUUUUAUUGCUCAUCUUACUCACUCGAACUAAAAAUAAUUGCUUAUUCAGCAGGCUAAAUUUUACACGAGUAAUCUGUAUUUUGCCUGAGACUUGAAGACAUCUGAAGGCAUAUUACUCUUUUCAGGCCCUAAAUAACUAUUGGGUAUUUAUUUGUCUCUAAAUACCCUAUUCCUCAUUCUGAGAUAAACUUACUCUAUUUAUGGCAUUUACAGCAUUUUAGUUCCCAAGCAAAGGGAAAUAUGUAUAAUUAAACCUGUUCAUGUACUAAUCCUGAAAUGCUAAAUUUUAUUUAAAAUAUUUUAAAAUGCGACAAUAUACUGUCCCUCCUAAAAGCAUUCAGAAAAUUAAUUUAACCUUAAAGACCAUGGUUUAAAGGUAAUUCAUUCAUAGUUUAUAAUUCCUCAGAUGUUUUAUGAUAAAAACUGCUUUAACAUAAAAACCGUCUUCCUUUGCUCUUUUGCAUAAUAGUUUUAAAUUUAAGACUGCUCACUACUGUAUGAGACUACUGGUAGAUUUUCUUUGGUAGGUAUGGGUGGGGAAUGAAGCACUUAUUUAUAGACUAUAACACUCUGAAGGCCAAUGUUAUAUCCAAAGCAAUAAUAUCAUUAAGUGAUUCAUUUCAUUCAAAGCUAAGUUGUAUAGGACAAAGAGAUAAAUCUAUUCACAAAAAGCAUAUGAAUUUUGAAAUAUAUACAGAACAAUGGUUCAAACAUUAUAUACUUUAACCCUACUGGUGUAUUUCUUAUUUUUCUAUCAGAAGAUUCAAAUAUAGUUUUUUUUAACAAAACAAAAAUAGAAUUUUACAAUUCAUUAAUUUUAGAAUGCAAGUAUUAUAUUUAAAAGAUUAUAAAAAUUGUUAAAUUGCAUCAUUGUAAAAAAGGGAUCACUUCAGAGAGAACAGCAGUAUUCUACUGCAUGUUAAAAAAAAAAAAAUGCUCUUGGAGUUCCCGUCAUGGUUCAGCGGUUAACAAACCUGACUAGUAUCCAUGGGGAUGCAGGUUUGAUCCCUGGCCUCACUCAGUGGGUUAAGGAUUCGGUGUUGCCAUGAGCUGUGGUAUAGGUCACAGACGUGGCUUGGAUCUGGCAUUGCUGUGGCUGUGGCCGGCAGCUAUAGCUCCAAUUGGACCCCUACCCUGCAAAUGUGCCACAGGUGCAACCCAAAAAAAAAAAAAAAAAAAAAAAAAAACAGCUCUAGAGUAAAAUCUGAAAGAAUACACUGUACUAUGUGAGUCAUACAAAUACAUUCAAUCUUUAAUUUCUAGUGUCUGUUUCUACUAACAAAGAUUUUAAAGUAAAUUCACAAAAAUGCAGCUUUCCCCAUUAUUUGAAAAGAUUAAGGAAGAGAGUAGCUUUAGGGAAGAAGCUAACUUUUUGAAUAUUGCCGUAUAUUAAAAAGUCUAAUCAAGAAGAAGCAAGAUACUCUUUUAAAAAUAUAUAACAUGCAAAGUUUUCAGGCAAACAUGAUGAAAACUAUGUUUUUAUGAAUACUAUUAAAAUACUGAAGCAAGAGAAAUGCAAAUAGAAUUAAGUGAUGACCAAAAUGUAAAAUACCAUUGUAGACUUCAAAGGCUUCAUUUCUACUUAAUAGGAUACCAAAUGUAAAUGUUGUAACUAAUUUAUUCUAUAUUUCUCUCUUUUUUCUUGUAAAACAAGACUAAGAAGAUUUUGAUAUUAUAUAAUGUAUUUCAGACAAGGGUAUUUUCACUUACUAUAUAUAACUAUAUAUAUAUAUAUAAGUUUAGGUAUAUUUCUGUGAUCAAAAGUGCACUCCUUAAAAAAUAUAGUUCUAAAGAAAAAUAGCUCAUAUAAGCGAGUGUCCCCUGAUUUAGUGAGAAACAGGUGUAGUUUCAGGAGAAUGUGGCAAACAAUUCAUUUGAUCGACAUAAAUACUCAAAAGUUUGUCCUUCCAGUUUUCCAUCUUAUUUCAAAGAAUCAAAAUUUUAUUUUCCAUCAUACUUUUAUGGCACCUUUCUAAUAACAAAUUACGUAACAUAGAAAUUCCUUUUUGAAAUCAUUUCGUGUCACUUAUUAUGAUACUAGAUAUAUUUUAGACUUUGAUGAUCUUUAACAUAUUGAUGGAAAUAGACUAUAUAUGAGAGAAUUUUUUUGCCUUAACACAACCAUUUACUAAUAUAUGAUAAUGGUCGUAAAUAUGGCUUGACUACUAGCAAAUAUAUUAUUUUAGCAUCUUGCCUUAGUUCCAUUUUAAUGGCUAGUAUUCUCUUAAUUAACAAAUUGUUUCAAGCUUUAUCAUAUUUGAAAAUAUUGGCUAAAAUUAUUGGGUCCUUAGAAAUCCCAAAUGGAACUGGUUCACUCAUCACUGAGGAAAAAAAAAUCAAAUUUUCUCUGAUAAGUAGUUAUGCUCCAAAUGAAAUUUAUUGGAUGGAUCCAAUAAAUAAAGGAUCCAUCCAAUAAAUAAAGAACUUAAAUACACAAAGAUAAAAAAAUAUCCAAGUACCAAAAUUUGCUGGCUCUUAGUUUUGAAUGGCUACUCAAGGAAAGGGUAGAAGGUUUAAAGGUAAAACAUGAUGCGUAACUCGUCACAAUAAGCCCUUGCUUAGAAUUAAUAUUUUCCUUUAUGUAUAAAUACGUUGAUGUUUCAUGUCUUUUAAAAACUUGUGAAAUAAA